GAGCCUGGUAAAGCAUCAGGCUCAGCUGCUGGGCUGGGCUGCGUGCGCGGCGGCUUCUCGUCCCAAGACCAAGUCUUAAGAGCAACUUCCCUUCCUCCGCUGCUUAAACACUUUUUUUUUACCCGGUGCCUGGAGAGAAGUGUCACAUUUUGCUCACUCCCAACCUUUCUCCCCCGGCCCCUCCCAGAGACGGUGUGCGAGUGCCGAGGGGGUGCCGGGAGCCACCUCCAUCCAGCCUCGGGUGACUGCGGUAACUAACUUCUGGCUCCGCUCCCUGUAACGCUAUGAAGUUCCUCGGGAAGCCCAGGAGCCAGGCAGCUGCUUUUCUGCCACUUUGCUUGCUCUUUUUGAAGAUUCUGCAACCAGGGCACAGCCACCUUUAUAGCAACCGCUAUGCUGGUGAUAAGGUGAUAAGACUUGUCCCCAACACAAAAGAGGAAGCAUACACACUGAAGAAAAUAUGCCACCAACUUAAGGUGGACCUGUGGCAGCCCAGCAGUCUCUCCUAUGUCUCAGAGGGAACAGUUACUGAUGUCCAUAUUCCCCACAAUGGUUCCCGAGCCCUGUUAGCCUUCUUAGAGGAAGCCACCAUCCCGUACAAGAUUCUCAUAGAAGAUCUCCAGAACACACUAGAAAAAGAAAACAGUUUGCAAGCCCAGAGAAAUCGAAGAUCCCUUUCUGAAUAUAAUUAUGAAGUUUAUCACUCCUUAGAAGAAAUUCAAAAUUGGAUGCAUCAUCUGAAUAAUACUCAUUCAGGACUCAUUCACAUGUUUUCUAUUGGAAAAUCAUAUGAGGGAAGAUCUCUUUUUGUUUUAAAGCUGGGCAGAAGAUCACGAGCUUACAAACGAGCUGUCUGGAUUGACUGCGGUAUUCAUGCAAGAGAAUGGAUUGGUCCUGCCUUUUGUCAGUGGUUUGUAAAAGAAGCUCUUCUAACAUAUAGAAGUGACCCUACCAUGAGAAAAAUGAUGAAUCAUCUGUAUUUCUAUAUCAUGCCUGUGCUUAACGUUGAUGGAUACCAUUUCAGCUGGACCAACGAUCGAUUUUGGAGAAAAACAAGAUCAAAGAGGUCAAAGUUUCCCUGCCGUGGAGUGGACGCCAAUCGUAACUGGAAAGUGAAAUGGUGCGAUGAAGGAGCUUCUAUGCACCCUUGUGAUGACACGUACUGUGGACCUUUCCCAGAAUCUGAGCCGGAAGUGAAAGCUGUAGCUAACUUCCUUCGAAAACACAAGAAGCACAUUAGGGCUUACCUGUCAUUUCAUGCAUAUGCUCAGAUGUUGCUGUAUCCCUAUUCUUACAAAUAUGAAGCGAUCCCCAAUUUUAACUGUGUGGAAUCUGCCGCUUAUAAAGCUGUAAGUGUACUUUACUCGGUUUAUGGGGUACUCUAUAAAUAUGGACCUGCCUCCAGCACAUUGUAUGUGAGUUCUGGUAGCUCAAUGGACUGGGCCUACAAAAAUGGAAUACCCUACACAUUUGCUUUUGAACUGCGUGACACUGGGCAUUUUGGAUUUUUACUCCCAGAGAUGCUUAUCAAACCUACCUGUACAGAGACCAUGGUAGCUGUGAAGAAUAUCACACUGCACCUGCUCAAGAAGUGUCCUUGAGAUGGCUCAAAGGUCAAGUCCACUGCCAGAAAGAGGGCUGAUUCUGCCCAAGAGCUCCUUGGCAGUGGGUAAAAAUUGUUUUUAAUGAGAGGGGCAACUGCUUGGAGUGAAUAUGUCUAUGGACUUUAAAAGGAACUUCUCAUGCAAUUCAACUCUCUACGGCAAUAAAAAAUGGUAAUAAAAAAAUAAUAGUAAAAUAAGAGCAUAGUCUAGUUUGUUGUAAGAGAAAGCAUCCUUUUUAUAUCCUGUUAAGAGUCUCAUUUGAUGAAGGUGAGGGAUAUUUUCAAAUUCUUUUGUCUCAAGAAAUGUACCAAUUGAGGAUUUCACUUCAAAUAAAUCUCAUGCUCUCAAGUA